AGGAACGGCAGCGCGCGGAUGCGUUUUUUUUCUUCUUCUUUUUACGUGCGUUUCUGCGCGCGCGGCUUUCCCCGUAGCUAAAGCCGUAGCGUCUCUCUCUCUCUCUCUCUCUCUCUCUCUCUCUCUCUCUCUCUCCCUCUCUCUCUCUCUCUCUCUCAGUGUGCAUGUCGAGCUUCAGCCGAAGCUGAAGCUCCCGGCCCGAGCGGCACAAAGAUGCGGUGCAACACCUAACUUCUAGCUCAUAGCAUGGUUUGAACACCUUCAAGGCUGUUUUUCAGCUAGUCUAAAAAUGACGACGCAGAACUGGAGGUGAGAAGCGCCGUUUGCUGUACCGAGGAGUGAGUGCGCACUGGUUUCUUGCCUUUUUUUUUUUUUUUAAUCCCAAGGGAAAUAAGCCAAGAUACAUUUUUUGUUGUUGCAAUACUAUAGUUUUUUUUUUGACAAUUAAAAUUUUUAAUUUUUUUUAACGGAACAAUGACGACGGGCCAGGAUGAAAGUUCAGUCCGCGUGGCACUGAGGAUCCGUCCUCAGCUGCCCAGGGAGAAGAUCGAGGGAUGCCACAUCUGUACGUACGUGAUGCCUGGAGAGCCUCAGGUCAUCCUGGGGAAGGACAAGGCCUUCACGUACGACUUUGUGUUCGACAUGGACUCCCAGCAGGACGCCAUCUAUUCCACCUGCACCGAGAAGCUGAUCGAGGGCUGCUUCGAGGGCUACAACGCCACCGUGUUUGCAUACGGACAGACAGGAUCAGGGAAGACGUACACGAUGGGGACCGGCUUUGAUGUCAACAUAGUGGAGGAGGAGCUGGGGAUCAUUCCUCGUGCCGUCCAUCACCUCUUCAAGGGCAUUGAGGAGCGCCGGCAGGUGGCCCAGGAGCAGGGACGUCCGGUACCAGAGUUCAAGAUCAACGCACAGUUCCUCGAGCUUUACAAUGAGGAGGUCCUGGACUUGUUUGACUCCACACGAGACAUGAAGCAGAAAUCUCACAUUAAGAUCCACGAAGACGCCAAUGGAGGAAUCUAUACGGUUGGAGUGACCACACGGACUGUUUCCUCAGAGGCUGAGAUGAUGCAGUGCCUGAAGCUAGGCGCUCUGUCUCGUACGACAGCCAGCACUCAGAUGAAUGUCCAGAGCUCCCGAUCCCACGCCAUCUUCACCAUCCACCUGUGCCAAGUUCGCGUCUGUGCCUCUGACAAUCAAGAAGGUGAGAAUGAUAACAAGGUGUCUAAUGGAAACGGGGAGAUGGACGAAUACGAGACGCUGACCGCCAAAUUUCACUUUGUGGACCUGGCUGGUUCUGAGAGACUUAAGAGAACCGGAGCGACGGGCGACCGGGCCAAAGAGGGCAUCUCCAUCAACUGUGGAUUGCUGGCGCUGGGGAACGUAAUCAGUGCUUUAGGAGACCGAAGCAAGCGGUCUUCUCACGUGCCUUACAGAGACUCCAAACUGACCCGACUGCUGCAGGACUCGCUGGGAGGAAACAGCCAAACUGUUAUGAUCGCAUGCAUUAGUCCAUCUGAUCUUGACUUCAUGGAAACCCUGAACACGUUAAAGUACGCCAACCGAGCCCGCAACAUCAAGAAUAAGGUGAUGGUGAACCAGGACAAGGCCAGCCAGCAGAUCAGCGCACUGAGGACCGAGAUCGCCCGACUGCAGAUGGAGCUGAUGGAGUAUAAGACGGGUAAACGCAUGGUGGGCGAGGACGGCGUGGAGAGCUUCAGCGACAUGUUCCAUGAAAACUCCAUGCUGCAGACUGAGAACAGCAACCUGAGGGUGAGGGUGAAAGCCAUGCAGGAGACCAUCGACGUCCAGAGGGCUCGCCUCACCCAGCUUCUCAGCGAUCAGGCCAACCAGGCUCUGGCCAGGGCAGGUGAAGGAGGCACGGAGGAAAUUGGAAACAUGAUACAGAGUUACAUCAAAGAAAUCGAAGAUCUUCGGGCUAAGCUGCUGGAGAGCGAAGCGGUGAAUGAGAACCUGAGGAAGAAUCUGUCCCGCGCCUCCACCCGUCAGUCGUUCUACGGAGGGCCCGGCUCCUUCUCCAACGCUCUGAUGGCCCCUGAGAAAGAGACUGCCGACAUCAUUGAGCUUGCUAAGAAAGACCUGGAGAAACUGAAGAAGCGAGAGAAAAAGAAAAAGAAAAGACUCCAGCAGCUGUUGGAGGAGAGAGAAAGGGAGGAAAGGGAGGAGGUGGUGAAGGAGGUGGAUGCCAGCGUAAACAAAGAAGAAGUUCCUGACAACGAACAGGAGAAACCAAAUGAGAAGGAAAUGAACGAAGAGACUGAAAUGGAUGUACAAGACACCAGUGAUCAUGAAGAUGGAGAGGAUGAGGAAGAAGAGGACGAAGAGGAGAUGGAUGUGGAGGAGAGCUCUGAUGAUUCGGACUCGGAGUCGGAUGAAAAAGAGAACUACCAGGCUGAUCUGGCCAACAUCACAUGCGAGAUCGCCAUCAAGCAGAAACUGAUCGACGAGCUGGAGAACAGCCAGCGGCGUCUGCACACACUCAAGCAGCAGUACGAGCAGAAGCUGAUGAUGCUGCAGUGCAAGAUCAGGGACACCCAGCUGGAGCGUGACCGCGUCCUUCAGAACAUGAAUUCUGUGGAAAGUGGCACAGAGGACAAGGCUCGUAAAAUCAAGGCUGAAUAUGAGAAGAAGCUGAGCGUCAUGAACAAGGAGCUUCAGAAGCUCCAGUCGGCUCAGAAGGAACACGCCCGCCUGCUGAAGAACCAAUCGCAGUACGAGAAGCAGCUGAAGAAGCUCCAGAUGGAUGUGACUGAAAUGAAGAAGACAAAGGUUCGUCUUAUGAAGCAAAUGAAGGAACAGCAGGAGAAAAACCGACUGAAUGAGUCGCGCAGGAACAGAGAAAUUGCCUCUUUGAAAAAGGACCAGCGAAAGCAAGAGCAUCAACUAAAGCUGCUGGAGGCUCAGAAAAGGCAGCAGGAGCUAAUUCUGAGGAGGAAGACUGAGGAGGUGACUGCUCUGAGAAGGCAGGUGAGGCCUACUUCAGGUAAAGUGGUCCGGAAAGUCAACCUUCCAGAGACGGUUCAGGACUCCAGUCACCGCCCGCCUUCCGGACGCCUGUACUCCUCCAGCAGCACGGCUGCCAACGGCACAUGGUCUUCCUACAGGCGCACAGCUGGUGUUUAUUCCACCAGAGUCGCUCGUAACAAAUGGCAGACCCUGGAGCGGCGCAUCUCAGACGUCAUAAUGCAGAGGAUGACCAUCUCUAACAUGGAGGCCGACAUGAACCGUCUCCUGAAGCAACGAGAGGAGCUGACGAAGCGAAAGGAGAAGGUGAUCAGGAAGCAGAACCGGUUGCUGAGAGAGGGUCUGGAGGCAGAGAAGACCGUGCUCCCGCUCAACGAGGAAGUGGAUGCGCUGACAGCCAACAUUGAUUACAUUAAUGACAGCAUUGCCGACUGUCAGGCCAACAUCAUGCAGAUGGAGGAAACCAAGGAGGAGGGUGACACAGUGGAUGUCUCUGCUAUUAUUGGUUCUUGCACUCUGGUUGAAGCUCGUUUCCUACUGGAUCAUUUCAUGUCCAUGGCAAUUAACAAGGGUCUGCAGGCGGCUCAGCGGGAGUCUCAGGUGAAGGUGAUGGAAGGCCGUCUGAAGCAGACUGAAAUCACCAGCGCCACACAGAACCAGCUGCUGUUUCACAUGCUGAAGGAGAAGGCCGAGUUCAACCCGGAGCUGGACGCGCUGCUGGGAAACGCUCUGCAAGAGCUAGGUAACUUCCCAGUUGAAAAUGGGGAUGAUAGCAGCAGCGAUGAGUCAGCCCAGAGUCCCUCAGCAGAAGGAACCACAUUGGCAUCGGACCUUAUGAAACUUUGUGGGGAGUCCAAAACAAGGAGCAAGGCCCGCAGGAGGACCACCACUCAGAUGGAGCUUCUGUAUGCAAACAGUGAAUCUGCCGGUGAUGCGCCCACUGACUUCUCUGGCCCCAUGCUGUCUUUGGCUGAAACCCCAGAUGGAGGUGGAGUGGACAUGGACUUGUCGGGCCCAUCAGUCAGAGACUACACAGCUCUUUCCCCUGGCUUUUCCUCUAAAAUGGGCAGCAUCUCUGGCUCCAGAAUUGUGUCAGGUUUGGAGAAGCGAACCCCAGAGCCGUCCCCACUCUCUCGCAGGAAGACCUAUGACAAGGCACAAGCAGCGGCUGACAGGGCAAAGGUCAAGGAGAAUAAACAGGGUGUUAUCAACCCAGUGCCGUCCACUAAGAGCAGCCGCUCUGCGACGUUGCAGUGCGUUCACGUGGCAGAGGGACACAGCAAAGCCGUGCUGUGUGUAGACUGCACCGACGACCUUUUGUUCACCGGAUCCAAAGACCGGACCUGUAAAGUGUGGAACCUGGUGACGGGUCAGGAGAUAAUGUCCCUGGGAGGCCACCCUAACAACGUGGUGUCGGUCCGCUACAGCUCCAGUCUAGUCUUCACCGUCUCCACUUCGUACAUCAAAGUGUGGGACAUCAGGGACUCGGCCAAAUGCAUCAAAACUCUAACGUCCUCUGGUCAGGUCAACAUUGGGGAUAUCUGUGCAUCUACCACCAGUCGGACGGUCACCAUCCCGUCAGGGGAAAACCAGAUCAACCAAAUUGCUCUCAAUCCCAAUGGAAUGGUCCUCUAUGCUGCUGCUGGGAACUCAGUUCGGGUGUGGGAUCUGAGGAGAUUCGUUUCCACCGGAAAGCUAACGGGUCACCUGGGUCCUGUCAUGUGUCUGACUGUGGAUCAGUCUGGAAACAACCAAGACUUGGUGAUCACUGGGUCCAAGGAUCAUUACAUUAAGUUGUUCGAUGUAAGUGAAGGCUCUCUGGGGAGCGUCAGCCCUACGCACAACUUUGAGCCUCCCCACUAUGAUGGUAUCGAGUCACUGGUGGUCCAGGGGGACAUUUUCUUUAGCGGUUCCCGCGACAACGGAAUCAAAAAGUGGGAUCUGGAUCGGAAAGACUUGCUGCAGCAAGUCCCAAAUGCUCACCGUGACUGGGUUUGCGCCCUCGGCAUCGUCCCCAGCUCCCCGGCCUUGCUGAGUGGCUGCAGAGGAGGGGUGCUCAAGCUCUGGCACACAGACACACUGGGGCCUCUGGGGGAGCUCAAGGGUCAUGAGAGCCCCAUAAACAGCAUCGCUGCGAACAGCAGCCACCUGUUUACAGCCUCCGAUGACCGCACAGUGAAGAUCUGGCGCGCCCGCGGCGGUCUGGACAGCACCUUAGAGGGUGUGGACAACGCAGACGAGGUGGCCAGUAACUGAGUGCAGCACCACCUGCCUGUGUUGCUCCAGAAGGAUGUAACUGCAUUCUGUGAUGCUGCUGCUCUUGCACUUUGCCCUCAAGCAUCUUAACCCAGCGCUGACUCUGAAUAUGCUCACUGUCUUGACCAUACAAUCGUAGACUCAGCCCAAACUUGCUCAGUAAUCUCAUAAUCUCUUAAGGUAUUUCUUUCAUUUCAAUGUUCGGGACGGCUCCGUUUUAGGUUUUCCGCUGUACGAACUGCAGCAUCGUGAGUUUCUCCGGAUUGUCAGUUGAAAUGACGAGUUCAUUCCAAAUCUCGAAAGUGUCCGCUGACGCACGCUCUCGAAGGGGGUUACUGUGUCCGAGGUGGUGCAGAGACAAGCAGCUGAUCCCCACCUGCAUCGAAAGGAUUCUGAACCGCUGAGAAAACCCAAGCAUGAGCUGCGCCAGGCCACGCUAUGGAAACGUGGCAUAGACUCUGACUCUGUCCCCUCUCAAUUACAGUUUCAAGGAAAAACGCCUUUUCUGCUUGUGCCGUAGAAGAGUAAUCAUAGAAGCUUGUACUUUGGGAACAGACACAACGAUACGGUUUCUAGAGUAACUGUUCAACUUUACAGUAAAUCUUGUUCUAGGAGACAAAACAGAUGAACUCUUACCCAGAAACAAAAGACUUCUCAGAUUUGGGAAGAACUGAUAGGAAGACUUGUUGUAGAAGGAAAAUUUGGUAGGUUUAGAGUUGAUAGCGAUCACUUUUUAAUUCAUUUAGUAGAUUUCUUUCACAACAGAACCAACUUCUCACAUAGCCAUUCCUGAGGGAAAACUAACAGGAGACUGUCUCAUCUCAGCUCUGCUUUAGUCCACCAAGCAAAUCUAUGCGACAUAUGCGAAGUUAAGAUGUUACCACUAAUAUGAAUGAUAUCUGAAGCUACAUCAACCUUUUUUUAAAGUUAUUAGUUUAAAACAAGUCAUUAUGUCUCGUACAAUUUUGGAAUUUGCAGGAUUUUAUGCAUCAAUUUCUUUGGUUGUUUCUUUUUCUUCCUUUGUUUUUAAAAACCCAUUCUUGCAGAAUGAACUUCUCUACCGUGAAAGUUCAGAGGUUUGUGGCCAAUUUUAAGUCUUAAAUUUUUCUAAAGCUUCGAUCUGCUGGUCCAGAUUUUGGCUAACUCUAAUUUCUUCUAUAAGGACUGUAAAACAAGAAUGUACAAAACAGCAUUUGUUUGUUUUUGUUGUGUGUUUUUUUUGCCUUUGUUUCUUUCUUGUAACAAAGAACGAAACAAAAACCAAAAUCAUUUUAAACUGGACUUAGCAUCAUGUAUUAGCAGCAGCACCAUUAGCUUGGCUAGCAUUUCUAAAACCAGUCUCCAUGGAUACAUCCUAGAGAAUGUAGAUAUUUAUGUUUACGGAGAUCUCCAAAAGGCUGCCAACAUUUUCUAAAACCAGCAUGUUCUGACUCACGGUAAACAUAAAACAAUAUGUUUUAUGGAAUUGUCAGCCUUCCAAUUAUCUAUUGAAACUUCUGCUUUCCCAUAGCCUGAAUGAAAUUCAGAUUCAGUUUUAUCCCAAAGAAAAAAAACUUUCCACCUCUUCUUCUCGCUUUAGACACAUGAACUAUUUGGAAAAACUGCUAACUUUGAGUCUUCUCUCAUUUGCAGCAUCCAGAAUCGUCCAGUUCCAGUCAGCCCCUCAUUUUUCUGAGUGUCUCUAAGUAAACUGCAGACCUUCUAAAGGGCGAAGCUCUUAGUUUUAGCCUCUUAAAGUAAUGAGAAGAGUGGAAAUCUCCUUCAACUUUGUGGAACUAGUCCUUUAACACUUUAGCACUUGUAAAAAAAGACAGUAACACAGUUAAGCUUUGAGGCUAAUGUAAUUGUUAAAUAUGAGCAGGUUUAAACUAUAAACACACCACCUGUUCUUGUGUCAUUGUGUGACAAUCUGUGAAUCACGCACUACUAGAUUUCUGUCCCAUUGCUGCUCACUUUCUUUAGCCUUAUGACUGGUCGUCUCGUUGCUACAGGUGAGCUCCACCUGAUAUUAUGGCCCCACUCUCUGUAGAUAUUUAACUAUAUGUUUUUGUUUUCAUUAGGAGAAGAGAGGCCUUCAAUACGAUGGCAUGUUAGGGCGAGUAUAGAGAGGAAAAAAUUUGUAAUUUACUGCCAAAAAAAAACUCAGAAAUUUUUAGAUUCAUUUCAGGAAAUUUCCAGGAAAAACAAAG